AUGGACCACCCCGCCUUCCAUCCGAGUUUCUUAUACUCUCGAUGUACCGGUCGAAAGAAGGCACUCUGUAUUGGUGUUAACUACCGGGGGGAGCCACACGAACUCCGCGGGUGCAUCAACGAUGCAAAAGAUAUGCGCAGGUUUCUCAUAAGUAAGUGGCAUCACGGCUACAAGUCCGAAGACAUCGUGCUUCUUACAGACGACAAUCCUAAUCCCCGCUCCCAGCCGACCAGGAGAAAUAUGAUUGAAGCCAUGCGUUGGCUGGUACAGAGCGCUCGCUGUCAUGAUAGUCUGUUCUUUCAUUAUUCCGGACACGGUGGGCAGACGAAAGAUCUUGACGGAGACGAAGUCGACGGAAUGGACGAAGUAAUAUUUCCGGUGGAUUUUCAGCAAAAAGGUCAUAUCGUCGACGAUGAUCUGUUUAAAAUCAUGGUUAGACCGCUACCAGCGGGUUGUAGGUUGACCGCGCUAUUCGAUUCCUGUCACUCUGGAACUGUACUCGAUUUACCGUUCAUUUAUUCUGCGUCCUCUCGACUGCGAGGGUCUCAUGUCAGCCAACGCGCUAGAGCUCGCAGGAGCUCUCCUGCUGAUGUGAUUUCAUUUUCGGCGUGCAAAGACGGACAAAAGAGUACAGAUACGUUCAAGGGUGGCGUUGCAGUCGGUGCAAUGUCCUGGGUAGCUCGCAACCCGAAUCAAACCUACCAGCAUAUCUUGAAGGAAGUCUAUAAUAUGACUUACCCCAAAUAUCAUCAAACGCCUCAACUGGGCAGUUCUCAUCACAUUGUAUGUCGUUUUUAGCUCCCGAGAGACUGCACUCAUAUCAAGACGCUCGCUCUAUGUAGGAUAUGAACCGCAAAUUUAUAGUCUGAGGCGGUAUGGAAUGUACCAUAUCCGCGCGAAUCAAGUCGUAUCAUUAAUGCUUCAAAUUAUGUUCUCUCCCUUGAACUAACACCUAGUCUAGUACUGUAUAUCUUUGUAUCUUAUUUUAUCCUUCGCACUUUAAACUUCUGUGAAGUCCGAGUUGGUAUGUUAGGAAUCACUUCAAGCGCCGCAGGCUAAGCGCUAGCUACAUCAACUUACAGUCACCAACCUGUCACCAACCACACUUCCGUCAA